AUUAAGAAGUGAAUUAAGUCGGCUAGCAAGAUGCCGGCCGUACAUCACAAAUUGCUCCUGGAGGAAGCUUUGCAGGACAGUGCUCAGACUCGCUCCCUGCUCAGUGUGUUUGAGGAAGAUGCUGGGGUGCUUACAGACUACACCAACCAGCUGCUACAAUCAAUGCAGCGGGUGUUUGGAGCUCAGAGUGAGAUGGGACUGGCCACAGAGCAGCUCUCACAGCAACUCCUGGAAUAUGAGAAGAAAAACUUUGCCCUUGGCAAAGGUGAUGAAGAGGUAAUUACCACACUGCAGGCCUUUGCCAAAACUGUAGGGGAGCUGAACUCGCUCCACUCUGAGCUAGCCAACCAGAUGGCUGACAGCAUGGUCUUCCCCUUGAUCCAGUUCCGAGAGAAGGACCUCACAGAGAUAAGCACACUGAAGGAAAUAUAUGGCAUCGCCACUGAUGAGCAUGAGGCAGCUAUGGUCAAGUACAGCCGAUUGCCCAAGAAGAAGGAGAAUGAGAAGCUGAAGGCAGACUUGGUGAAAGAAGUGGCCUACACCAGGAGGAAACAGCACCAGGCCUCGCUGCAGUAUUACUGUGCCCUCAAUGCCCUGCAGUAUCGCAAGAGAGUAGCUAUGCUUGAACCUAUGCUAGGCUACACACAAGCACAGAUCAACUUCUUCAAGAAAGGCAUUGACCUGGUGUCAAAGAAAAUGGACAGCUUCCUCGCCUCUGUGUCCAAAAUGACACAAAGCAUCCAGGCCCAGCUGGACACGGAGGCGGAGGACAUGCGUGCGUCCCAGAGGGAGCUUCUGUCUGUGGAGGACACUGUCUACACACCAGAUAUGGACAGUGAGCCUGUCAAUCGCACACUUAUCCAGAAGGCUGGCUACCUCAACAUUAGGAAUAAAACAGGCCUGGUGACCACAGCCUGGGACCGACUCUUCUUCUUCACGCAGGGGGGGAACCUCAUGUGCCAGCCUCGUGGGGCGGUGGCGGGAGGCAUGGUGCUGGACCUGGACAACAGCUCCGUCAUGGCUGUGGAGUGUGAGGACAGACGCUACUGUUUUCAGAUAACCUCCCCCUCAGGCAAAACAUCACUGAUUCUACAAGCUGAGAGCAAAAAAGAAUAUGAAGAAUGGAUUUGCACUGUGAACAACAUCUCCAGACAGAUCUACCUGACUGACAACCCAGAGGCUGUGGCCAUCCGACUGAACCAAACUGCCAUCCAGGCAGUCACCCCCAUCACCAGCUUCGAGAAGAGACAAGAAGGCUUGCCCAACCCUGACAGAGCAAAGCCAGGAGCCAUUCAUGUUGACAGCAGCAGUUCCCAGAAGACGGGGUCUGCCCUGGAACCAGAGGACCUGAUAGCCCCUGGGACGCCCAUUCAGUUUGACAUCAUGCUGCCAGCCUCCGAGUUCCAGGACCAGAACAGAGCCGGAGGGAGACGUACAAAUCCAUUUGGAGACACGGACGAUGAGUGUUCUACAGAAAGUGAUGACUCCCUCCUGCAGCAAGUAUUUGCCGUACGCUUUCAGGGCUCCAUGGCAGUACGCUGUGGCGACAAUCAGGAGGUGAUAUAUGAAGCCAUGAGGCAGGUGCUGGCUGCCCGAGCCAUCCACAACAUCUUCAGGACCACAGAGUCCCACCUAAUGGUCACCAGCAGCAGCUUAAGGUUAAUUGACCCUCAGACCCAAGUUACAAGAAUAAGUUUCCACAUUGGAGAGUUGUGUCAGUUUGCAGCCCACCAAGAGAAUGGGAGGCUGAUGGGAUUUGUGGUUGAAGGCAGAGACUGGAGUGACGGAAACGAGGAGGGACAGCCCUCCUUUAGUGCCUUCAUCUUUGAGAGCAACACAGAGGGCGAAAAGAUAUGCUACACCAUCAGCUUGGCAAAGGAAAUAACAGAAGCCAAGAAGGACCCAGAGGCCCUGGCCCAGCUGAUGAAGAACAUGCCUCUAACCAAUGACGGCAAGUUCCUGCUGCUGGAGCCUGAGACGGGCAACACGACCAGUGGAGCAGGACAAGAGGACCUGGAGUCUGAAGCCUAGUCCCACUCAGGACCAAAAGACAACAGGGCCAAGACCACAGCCACAGACCCACUUUUACCCAGGAGAGAGGGCUUCUUCCAUAUGAAGGUAUCUUCAUCACCACCUGACUCUGGUACUGUGACACCCACAUUAGAGAGUGUAGUUCACUUCCACUGACCUGUAUUACUAGAUUUCCAGUUUUUUGUAGUGAUUAAAGCAGAAGUCUUUGGCAGGGCGAGUUACCUGGACAUAAAAGCACAUCUCCGGGAUGUUAGAUUAGAUUUACUUUUCCGUGGUUAACCUGUACCAUAGGUCUUAUCAUUUGGGGCGUUGUCUCUUUUAUACACUGCUGUGGGUGGUACUUUCAUCAAAAGGGACAGUAUACAAGUACUGACUGUGUUACAAUGUAAUAUUCCAAGUCAUCUAACACAAGGUGAUGAAUCAUUUGCUUCAGUUUAGGUUUACAUUUAGUUUAGGUUUACUUAGUUUGAAGUGUGUUUGCAGAGUUUACUCCUUUAGUUUACAAGGUAAGGCUCUCGUGCAACUACAUUGGCAUUUAUGUUGUCAUAUAUAAAACGUUAUUGCACUUCCAAGGUUUAUCUGUUUAAUAAUAACACUUAAUGGCUACAAAUUGCACUACCUGAGAAAUUCGAAGGAUGUGAGGCUUUUAAGACAACAGACCUAAAAAGAUUCAAAUCAUCUUUUAUUUGCAGAGCGGCAACUGUUGCAUUACUCAUUAUUACGGUUACUCUGUGCGAGCGUACGUGCCUCGAAGCAGGGACAGACAUAAGUGAUUAAACUGCACUCUUGUCACUUUGAGGUUAUAUGGGCUUUGCAUCCUGAUUAUCUUAAGACUUCCACUAACUGAAUGAAUGUCAUGUUUGACAAAAUUCUCCACUAACUGUACAAAGUCUUAAGAUGAUCUGUAAGCCAGCCAGGUACUCUACUCUUUGAGCAGCCCAAAUAUUCUUCAGUAAAAUCUAAAGUUCUUUGCGCUCUAUUUGUGGAAAGUCUAUGUAAAUAUGAUCUGUCUCAAAGUGUGAUAUUUAAUCAGUCAGCUGCAUUAAAAGCUUUCAGAUUCAAUAUGCUAGGACUGACGUGGUGCAUGAUUAAUUUAUGGCGCUCUCUCGUUCCCUUUGCAGAAGAUUAAACCUCUAUACUGAACUGUAAUGCUAA